UGCACUUUUUACUUUCUGGCAAACUCAUUUUUUACACUCCCCCGAAAAAAUCGAAAAAGUAACAGGGCCUUUGGAACGCUAGGAACUUCCCGGCAAGGGAAUAGGAUAUCAACUGAAACCGAAUCCAUCCCAAUCCCUGUACUUUAUUCUCCACACAAGCAUUAAGGUUUUCUUUUUUGAAUUUGCAGGAUGCUUCGCCAAUUUAAGAUGCGAACUGCCUUGCAGACCCAAAAAAUAAUUCGAUCGUUUUGCUAUGAUUCGCAGCGCAUUAAGGCGCCGUUUCUCCAGGGCAGCCAAACUCCCUCGAGUCCCGAGGAACUUGACCAGGAUCAGGAGGAGCCACAGCCGGCGGUGCCACGCCCCCGCACCGCCCUCUACAAUCCGCUAAGUCGACGCCACACCGUAAAUAGCUCCCGGCUGCAGUACAUCAAUGACAAGUACAAGGAGCUGGCCAACGAGGUGGAGCUGCGCAAACCCAAGGCCAAGCCAUUCGUGACCCGGCACGCCCUCCAUUCGGGGCGGUUCGACAAGUAGGAUGCGAUCCUAGAACAUAUAGUCCAGAUCGCCCCCCUGAUAUUCCCUUUCUCCAAAAACAUAAAAUGAUCCAGAAAUUCCCACUCCUUCAUGGUUGAUGCAUUAAACUCCAGAGCGCCGUCGAUUGUUUUAUGAAUCAGUUACACUUUCGCCUGUUAAAUCACAAAGUACAAAUGCAUGAACACUAUCCUUAGUAAAGUAAUAAAACAUUUGAUGAAUUCAAAAA